UCAGCUGACGGCUCCCGCGGGUCGGCGGGUUCGCGGACGGGGCUCCCGCGGGCAAUGGCGGGGCCGCCGCUGAGCCGCUGCUGGUCUGGCCGCGGGGCCCGGGGGCUCGCGGCGGGCCUCCUGCUCCUGCUGUCCGUGGUGCGGUCCGCGGCGGAGGAGGACUUCAGCCUGGUGCAGCCGCUGGUGACCAUGGAGCAGCUGCUGUGGCUGAGCGGGAGGCAGAUCGGCUCGGUGGACACUUUCCGCAUCCCGCUCAUCGCCGCCACCCCGCGCGGCACCCUGCUCGCCUUCGCCGAGGCCAGGAAGAAGUCGGCCGCCGACCAGGGCGCCAAGUUCAUCGCCAUGAGGAGGUCCACGGACCAGGGCAGCACGUGGUCCUCCACUGCCUUCGUCGUGGACGACGGGGAGGCCUCGGACGGGCUGAACCUCGGGGCGGUGGUGAGCGACGCGGACACGGGGGUUGUGUUCCUCGUGUACACCCUGUGCGCUCACAGGGUCAGCUGCCAGGUGGCCUCCACCAUGCUGGUGUGGAGCAAGGACGACGGCGUUUCCUGGAGCCCGCCGCGCAACCUCUCCGUGGAGGUCGGCACCGAGAUGUUUGCCCCCGGCCCCGGCUCUGGCAUCCAGAAGCGGCGGGAGCCGGCCAAGGGCCGCCUCAUCGUGUGCGGGCACGGCACGCUGGAGCGGGACGGGGUCUUCUGCCUGCUCAGUGACGACCACGGGGCGUCCUGGCGCUACGGGAGCGGCGUGAGCGGCCUUCCCUUCGGCCAGCCCAAGCACGAGCACGACUUCAACCCCGACGAGUGCCAGCCCUACGAGCUCCCGGACGGCUCGGUCAUCAUCAACGCCCGCAACCAGAACAACUACCACUGCCGCUGCAGGGUCGUGCUCCGCAGCUACGACGCCUGCGACACGCUCCGGCCGCGGGACGUGACCUUCGACCCCGAGCUCGUGGACCCCGUGGUGGCUGCGGGAGCGUUAGCCACCAGCUCCGGCAUCGUCUUCUUCUCCAACCCAGCGCACCCCGAGUUCCGCGUGAACCUGACCCUGCGCUGGAGCUUCAGCAACGGCACGUCCUGGCAGAAGGAGAGGGUCCAGCUGUGGCCCGGACCCAGCGGCUACUCGUCGCUGACGGCGCUGGAAAGCGGCGCGGACGGGGAGAAGCAGCCGCCGCAGCUGUUCGUGCUCUACGAGAAGGGCCUGAGCCGCUACACCGAGAGCAUCUCCAUGGUCAAAGUCAGCGUGUACGGCUCGCUCUGAGCCGGCGGCUCCCAGAACACGGCUCGGCCCCCGCCGUCCGCAGGGCCGAGCUGGUGGCUAACUUCCCGUCGACGGGAGGUCACUCAUGAUGACUUACCGAGCUUCCUCUCCCAGACAGCACGGCCCUCCCUCGGCAGGAGCACUUUUUUCCAGAGUGCUGGGCAGGCCUGUCCGCCCUCUCCAAGGACAGUGGGGCUGUUCCUUUCUGGGCCCGGAAGGGGCUGGGUCCCCGGGCAGUCGCACAGCUGUGAACUCAGGGAACCGGGAGGGCCGGGUGGCCUCCUGGGUGUGGAGGUAGGUACCGGUGAUCCGAAGAGCAGUUGCUCAAAGUCCCCCGGCAGAAGGCCCUUCAGGACACACCCUUUGAUUAUUUAUGAAUCGAAAUAGUUGUAACUUAAAAUUCUUGAUGAAGGAGAAAA